AUGGCGUCAACCGAGUUUUGUCAAGCUGUGGCUUAUGCCCUAAAUUGUGUUGGUCAAGAAGGCCUCACACUGAAGUCGAAGCAAGAAGAGGCUCUCAUCCACCUCUACGAUGGUCGGGAUGUGUUUGCUUGGUUCCCUACAGGCUAUGGCAAGUCUCUCUGUUUCCAACUUCUGCCCUUCAUGUUUGAUUUCAAACUAAAGUGGACAGGCUGUCCAAGAGUUGAGAGAAGUGUUGUGCUGGUGCUGUCACCACUAGUUUCUUUGAUGGUAGACCAGGUGUCAGGCCUGCAGAAGAGGGGUGUCUCUGCUGCUAUACUCUCUGGCAACAAAGAUGUCGAGAAGGAUCUCUUGGCUAGUGAGAGUGACGUUUCCUCGGGUCGGUUCUCUCUCCUCUAUAGUGCUCCCGAGGCCAUCCUAGACAAAGAAGCAUGGAAGCAGCUCUUAGUCCAACGUCCUCUUUGUAACACUGUAGUAGCAGUCGCUGUUGACGAAGCACACUGUGUGUACAAGUGGAGUAAAGACUUUCGUCCUGCCUUUGAUCGUAUCUGUGACCUGCGAGCAUUUGUGCCUCCCGAUACACCAUUUCUGGCUGCGACUGCCACUGUGACCAAGAGGAUGAGGGACAAUAUUGUUCAGAAGCUUGGCAUGGCAGGCUGCUAUAUGGCAUCUGAGUCUCCCAACAAGCCCAACAUCUGUUAUGAGGUUGUACGUAAGACAUCUAUCGAGGAGGACUUUGCAUUCGUUGUGGCAGACUUGUGGGAGAAGAACAUCAAGGCUCGACGCAUAGUUGUCUACUGCCAGUCGUUAAACAUGUGUGCGAGUUUGUACGAGCACUUUAAGUACACUCUCAAGGAUGCGGGCUACUACCCUCCAGGAGCUGAACAGAUCAGUGACAACAGAAUGUUCGGGAUGUUUCACUCCUGUACUGACGAACACAACAAAGCAGUUAUCAUGGAGAGUCUUGGGAAGCCUGAUGGUGUUGUCAGAGUUCUGUUUGCGACGAUGGCUAUUGGUAUGGGGGUGGACUUCAAGAACUUGGACUUCAUCAUCCACUAUGGUGCCCCUAGGUCAUUGGAAGACUACUUUCAAGAGAGCGGCCGAGCUGGUAGAGAUAAUCAGCAGUCGUUGGCUCGAGUGUACUGGAGCCCAGUUGAAGCUCCUGUAUAUACCGAUCUGACUAUCUCAAGGAAUUUGGAGUUACGAGCUGUGAGAGAGUAUCUUGAGAACACGAAGCGUAGGAGAUUCGUGCUGCUGAAGUAUUUUGAUCCAGCUGUUGCCUGGAACAUGGAGUCUCGUGACAAGAGGUGGUGCUGCGACAAUUGUCGAUCCGUUGCUAAGUGAUGAAAAUGAUGGGGGGGGUCUGGGGAGAAUUUAGGGAACAUUCUGUGAGACCGGUUCACAAUAACGCUGAGGACCUCAGCCUUCUGAAGCACAGCUACAACUGUCUUGACGUCCUUCUCAUCUGACCUCGUGCUGUGAGCUGUUGCUUCAC